AUGGAGCCAAAAACUCCUUUGACCUUCAGCUCCCUCCCCACAGAACUAAGACUCAAGAUCUGGGCUGAAUGUAUUGAGAAUGUCGAUGGCCUAUCCGAGGCGCACUUCUUUCGAAUCGGCGGAAGUCUGCGGGAACGAAAAGUAGCUGCAGCUCCCCAGCCUGCUUCGACUACCGAGGAGAAUGUCGAAAACAACAGAGACAUGUGCCCAGUCCACCCCCCCUCCUGGGACCCAAUGGAAACUAUGUGCAACUCAUGGGUGGCCACCGAGAAUCCCUCUUGUUACAUCGUCAAUGCCGCACUGUGGAACACCUCGUUCGAAUCCCGAGAAGUGCUGGAGAAGCACUACAUCCGAACCAACCCGAGUUUUCAUCCCGCCCAGCUCGACCACUUCCAAGUAAUGGGAGAAUCUUCCUUUUCAAGUCUGCUCGUGAACUUUGUCAAUGAUCUGCAUUGCUUUCAGGUCCACGGCGUAGACGCCAACACAACUAUGGCCAUCACCGGCCGGAACAUGGUCCCACGAAACAUUGCGUUCGAGUACAAAGCAGAAUGGGGCCAACCUAGAUUCCUCGAAUCUAUUACCAGCUUUUUCCAGUCCCAGGGACACUACAUCGACGUCGGGUACAGCCAACGGAACCAGCUCGAGGAAAUCUUGUCGUUGAUCAGCAGGGACAAGUGGUCCAUGACCCCAGGCCAGCGAAUCUGGUUCAUCGACUACAACGUCAAGGCCACCCGGAAGCUCAAGCCCGAGGACCUCGUCCGCAGCCGCAUCUUCCACGCCAGAGGCCGCAAGUUCGUCGAGGUCGGGCGCUGCCAGUGCCUGGUCUCGCGUUACCGAUACCCCUCGGCCAGCGCCAGGGACGGCUUUGUCGAGUACUUUCGACGGGUCUUCCUCAACCAGGAGUUCACUCUUGAGAACCAACUCCCGACUCCGAUCGCGGGAGUCUUGGCUUGCUUGUCUGACUCCGAUUUUAUCUAG